UCCAGGCAAAGCGGCCACGACGAGGGAAAAGGGAGCGGGUUAGAGAAGAACCUCAUAAAAAACAACAACAGCAACAGCAACAACAACAAAAGCAAGUGGUGGUGUUGCUACUGCGGCAAUGCUCCUUGUUACUAGGCGUUUAUGUGUGUGUGUGUGUGUGUAUAUGGCUGUCCUUCGGCAAAUCGAGCGCUUCUCCCGUUGACUGGCGCUUUUGCCAAACCGUGCAAGCGUCGAGGCCAAUAAUUCAUGUUGUGGUGUUACCUUCUCGUACAAUUUAGUGGAAAAUAGGACCAUAUUUGUGGAUAUUUAACGUACAAUCUACGACUAUAAAAUAUUAAUAAUAUGGAUGAAAAGGAAAAAACUGGAGGGGGACGAACUCGUCAGCUAUCGGAAGGUUCUGAUGGGAGUGAACUUAAACGGACACGUUCAAGUGACGAACCUAUUGAUUCUAGUAGUGGACCAUAUGGGCGUCCUGAGUCACCGUUACCAUCCACUGCCGACGUCGCCGCUUCGCCACCCAGAUUUGUCAACAUGGACAAGCUCGUGGAGACAGUGCGCCAAGAAGCCGAGAGAAUGCGGCUUGCACACGAGAUUGCUGUCAAUGCAGAUUUUAAAUUAGAGCAGCGUAAGGAUUUGCCUGGGGGAACUAACAGUGCCUAUGCUGCUAUUCACCAAAAUAUGCUAAAAGCCUACUGGGACAUUAUCCAAGAAGAUAUUUGCAAGGAUCCACCAGUUCUCGAUAUGGUACUCAAGCUUUGUGCGGAUAUCAGGCAAAUGCUGCUAGAACUGCUACUACCUCAUCAAAACGCGAUGCGUGGUAAAAUCGAGGAUUUAUUUGAUAUCGAUCUAGUGAAGCAGCGUUGCGAACAAGCAAAAAGUAUUGAGCCUCUUCGCGAGCAUGGUCCAGCGGUGCUCGACGCUAUGCAACAAUUGUGUUGUCCUAUGCGUGAUGAAGAAAUUCAAGCAUUGCGACAAAUCGACGACACGAUACAACUCUUUCAGGGCAUCAUUCGCGUAUUAGAAGAGAUGAAACUCGACUUUGCCAACUUCCUUAUCAAACAAAUAAGACCAUUAGUUAAAGAGACGAUCCAGGAUUAUGAGAAAGAGAAAAUGAGAGAGAUCGAAGGUGCACAGAAGGUGUUGGGUGUAGAGGAUCCCCUUGUUAACACUAAGGCGUGGCUACAGCGAGCGUUUAACGACCUGUAUUCUGUAAAUCAUCAAAAACCAUCAGGCGGCGCCACUCUGCUGCAAGGCUACAUGCAGCUAGUAUUCCAGAAUCAGUAUCUGAAUGAGGAGUGGGAACUUCCUGAAUCGCUCUUAUUAGAUCGAGAUCGGAUUUUGAAGCUUCAACAGGCGUAUAUCAUUGUUACGAUUGCUUCGGCGGUCAUCAUUAUAACACAAAGCUAUGUACCAUCAGCGUUAGUUGCAUCGGCAGAAUUUAAACGCCGCCUUAAAGAGGCCUGCAUCGCCGUUUUAAAGGACGUACAGUGCACUUGUGAGUCGGAUGUUCGCGACGCUUUGCAGGAUCUUGCCAAUAAAAUUGUCCAAGAUGUUCAGCGUGAAACGAAUGGCUUAGCACUGGCAGAUGGACGUGAGGCGCUCGUCCAUGGUCAAUUGACAGAGUUGGCUAAUGUCGACCAUCCUGUACGUAAUGUUGUAUAUGGUAGAGUGGUAGCUUUUGUGACGGCAAUGGUUAAGGCAGGAGGCGGGAAAGACGUCAAGGUUCCUCCGGGUCUAUCCGCUCUCGAAACUGAACUAACCAAGCUAGCAGCGGACUUUAUUCAAAUAAUUUCCUUAAAUCGAGCCACUCAUGCAGAAAAAUACAACGCGAUUUUAACUGAUAUCUAUGAUGCAAAGAUUGUAAACUAGCACUUACUGAAUGUACAGCAACUAACUAAUAGGUUAAUUUAUGCUCAAUAUUUUAUACGGUUGAUCGCGUUCAAACAAAUUUGAAGACUGUAUGAAGAAAAAAGUAAAAUUAAUCGAUAAGUUGC